AUGAAGAUGCCCCAGCCGCCCCGACCCAGGUCGGUCGCGAUUGUGGGCACGGGCAUGGCGGGCUUAACCACAGCGCAUCUUCUGCAUCGAGAUCCCGAAUCGCGAUACGAGGUGACUCUACUCGAAAAGCAAGACAAAAUCUCGCUGGCCGCGGAAUCAAUCGCCAUUCCUUCCCGAGAUGAGAAAAAUCAACAGGUCUGGGCCGAUGUGCCCAUGCGUGCUUUCGCAGGUGGCUUUUAUCACAACCUCAUCCGCAUGUACGACUACCUCGAGGUUGCGUACAAUGCGCAGCCAUUCCUUUUCAGCUUCACCAGAUUGCCGCGACACCAGGAACCACCGUCAAUCCCUUCUUGCAUUCCUAGCCCGCAGAUGGUUUACGCCUCGAACUUCCACCAGUUUCCUCCGGCACCCCGAACCGCGGAUCUGGUCCGCUGGGCUGUGGAAGCAGUGUAUGCAAUCGUGUGCUACUGCUGGUUUACCAUCUGCUGUUUCUUCAUCGCGCCGUACGAGGAAGACCCGAAGACGGGAAGACUGUGCGAGUCGCUGGAUGAAUAUCUCCGCCGCAUGUGGAUGCCCCGGCACUACGUCACGAAUUACCUAGUGCCUCUCAUCUCCAGCGUCUGCACAUGCUCUCAUGAAGAGCUCCUCUGUUUUCCCGCCUCCGACGUCCUGGCCUACAAGCGCCGAACCCAUCGGCAGCAGCACUUCGUUGUCUCCGGCGGUGUGCAAUCCGUGCAGGAAAAGCUGCUGAAGGGCAUCAACGUGCGACUGGGCGCACAAAUCACGCACGUCGCCCCAGAUAAAACCGGCGUGCAGAUUAAGUAUUCGACGCCCGAUGGGGAUACCACUGAGAAGUUUGACCUUGUCAUUCUGGCAGUGUCGCCUGAUAUCGCAGCGGCACUGUAUCCAUCACUUAGCUCUCAGUUAUCGACGAUCCCCACGACCACCGUUGAAACCAUCGCCCACACCGACGAAUCACUCAUAACCCCGAUGCUGCGUGCGACCUCCUCGGACCCGGCCUCCGACAAGGAACUGGCUGUCGGCCAUGUGGUCCACGCCACACAACGCAUCCACCUCUUCUCGGACGGCCAUAUCACCGAAGCCGUCCACGAACAACCCAACUCUAUCCUGGUCACCACUAACCCAAUCUUUCCGCCGGAGAAGUCGAAGGUCAUCCGCUCGGCGCACUUCACGCGCGUCUUGCGGAGCCCGCGGAGUCGGGCUGUCAUCAAUGCGGUCUUCAAAGAUCGCAAGUACGACCCGGCUCUGGCAAAGUCGGCUUCUCCAUUCCCGUGGCGGAAUGGAGACCAUGGAGUCUUCCUGGCGGGUGGGUGGUGCUGGGAUGGAAUGGUGUUGUUGGAGGGAUGCAUUGUUUCGGCAAUGCGGGUUGCCAACGCCCUCGGUGUGGAGGUUCCUUGGGAUGAGGAGGCGUGA